CUUGUCACGACAUCCUGAGUUAACGACUCUAUUAUGGCGUUGUUUGCCGUAUUUCAGGUAUUCGUCAUUUUCGCCAUCAGUUUGGAAAAAUGUAGUAGUUCCUUGCGCACUUGCGAGAUUGAUGAUGAGUAUGAACAGAUUGACAAACCAAGUUAUGAAGCACUAGGAGAUGCUAUUGGCCACAUGAAGAAAGCUUACCGCAUUAUGAAACAACAAGCUCUUGAUCUUCGCAAGGAGAAAGAAGCAUUCGAAUCUUCUGCAAUGAAACUUAAACAUGUUCACUUCGCCUCAACCAUCAAGCUGAACGUAGGUGGUCAGUAUUUUACUACUAGUCUUGAAACGCUUAAAAAAGAUCCUGAAUCGGUUUUACACGCCAUGUUUUCGAAAAGAUUCGACACAAAGGCCACCAAAGACGGAUCUUACUUCAUCGAUCGCGAUGGAACCCACUUCCGGUAUAUCUUGAAUUACCUACGCACCGGGCAUCUCCUUCUCCCGGAAGACAAGUCAGUCCGUAUGGAAUUGCUAGAGGAGGCAGAAUUUUACAAGAUUCGAGAAAUUAUGAAUGGCAUCUGCCCUCCACCCUUUCUGGGAUCCAAUAUCUUGUCUACUGAACAGAAGCAAGUACUUGUCAACAGCUGGCUCAAAAAGGAACUGAAGCGCCGUCAUUCCACCUUUGUGCUGGCUUAUCGAGCCUCAAGAGACGGGUGGGAUUCCUCUGACUUUCAUGUUCAAUGCGACCACAAGGGACCCACUGUUACGUUAGUCAAGAGUGGAAAUUACAUUUUUGGAGGCUACACAGAAACGUCUUGGAAAAGCUGGAAUGGUAAGCAUUUUCUUCAGUAGCUUUUGAGAGCAGGUUUGCAGCUCUUUUUAUUUCGUUCUAAUUUGCAACUCACUAGAUUCUGCGGGGCAAGGUCAACAUAACGCGCGGAAGUCCAAAAGAAAUUGCUCAGUAGCUCGCCGUACAUUUUAGGGAACAAGGACUGAAAAUUACCACCAAGGCUGCAACACUAGGGGUACUUUUUCACGUACUAUCAAUUUUGAGUCUUGUAAAGCUAUACGGCGUUUUUAUUACGUUAUAAAAGGGCCACUGGGAUCCGCUUUCCAGUUUGUAGGUUUUCAUUAUUGACUUUGUUACACAUCUAUGUAUUACAUGCUUCGUUGCACCAACAUGUUAUUACCAUAUUAUCGCACGUAUCUUUGCAUACUUUACGCCUUUGCACACCUUGUGAAUAUUUAGAGAUUGCAGCGCAAUAAAUAUUCAUUUUAGGACAUGUAACAGAGACGUUAAUAUGAUGGCAGUGGGUGGUUCUUUUCUCCUCCCUCACAGCAUUUAUAUGGCUUAACAAUUAAAUUUAUCGGCAACCAUGGCUUUAAACGCUCCUUCUUUAGAUUUUAAAACAACGGGAGAUGACAAACACGACAUUGAGGUAUAAAUUGAAGAUCUGAAGGACUACUGCACCAUGCAAAACUGACUCGAUCCGUCGAAGGAGACAGAGGCUGCAAAAUGGACGAAACCAGAGAAAGUGAUGGCAUGUUUUCGGGUGUAACUAUCCCCUGCGGGCAUAGUGGACUACAAAUACAGUUUAGGGCUUUCAGAAGAAGAUCUGGCGAAACCUCACUUGGUCAUUAAUGCCCAAAGAGAAUUAGGGCACAAGCAUCGGGGUGUCCGUUGAAAGAUAGAAGUUUCUUCGCCUGCUGUAACAUGAGGACGAAUCGAUCACCUCUUGGGAAACGCGUAUACGAAAUCAAGCUUCACAGUGAGAAUAUGAGAAUUUCGCUGACGAGUUUUAUGCGAAACCAGUUUAUCGCCGGUUUAACGUCUGAAACCCUGCGUUUAAAACUAAUUGGUAAAGGCCACAGACACCGAGACGCCGCACAAGCCAAGGUUAAGUUGCGGGAAGUUGUUUAAAUCGCUAAAAGUUUUGAGGCGACUACUUUUGCGAACCAGUUAAUGAAAACUGACCGAGGCACCCAGCAGGAGCAAGUAAAUUUCACGAACAAAUCCACACCUGAGAAUCAGAUCCCCGCUCCACCAACGCUACUGUGUUUUUGGCGUCGCGGCAGCCAUCCUAGUGCAACAUCAUUGCCCUGCGUUUGGCAAGAAAUGUAAUAAGUGUGGAAUCGUUGGUCAUUUCGCUCGUGCAUGUUAAGGAGGAACAAGAAAGCAAACAGGCAACGGACAACAGUCAAAUUUCCCUGAUGAUGAUGCAGAUGAGGAAGCGUUUGUAGUGAAAUGCAAGGCAACACCGAGUGUGCAAAGAAGUUCUUCGCUCAUUUACACCUUGUUCACGACGGGAAAUUGAAAUUGUGAGAGCACAAAUCAACUCAGCUUCAACUUGUAACACCAUGCCCAGCGAUUUAUUAAGCUACUUAUUUCAAAGACCAGAAGCAGAAUCAGCUCAUAUGGAAGCCAAACAAUGCGGCCAAAAGGUCAAGUACCCUAGUUUGCGACAGAAGAGGCAGACUACAGACAAUCAACAACAACACCAAAAGCUUUAUUUGCAUGACCAUAAAGGAAUUACAGUAUUGCAAAAGCUAUUAAUCUAAAUUUAAGUACUAAUUCAACUAAUUAGUACGUGCAAAACAUUACAAAACGUGACAGUUCUCAUUCAUUCAUUCAUUGAUAUUAAUUUGGUCCUUAAUUCUAAGCAUUGCGAGAUAAAUGAAACUAAUUGACAGUUAAUUAAAUAAUCAGAAGAAUUCAUAAGAAGAGAUAUUAAAGUAUCGUGUGAAAGUGAUUUGAAGUCAGGUAUUUUAGUUUCUAGUUUCGAGAAAAAUAUGUCUCUGAUCUGAGAAUAAGCCUUACAAUCUAGUAAGAAAUGAUUUUCAUCUUCGAUUUUCUUACUUGUACAAAAGUGACAAUAGAUCUUCCUUGUGGCGGACGUCCCGGGCGACAAACCACCACUUCUAAAGGAAAUUAAGGCAUGGACAGUUUUUUCAAUUUCCCUCAAAAAGUCGAGGGGUGGUCUAUAUUUUGAGCAUUAAGGCCUGUAGCGACAAAACUUGAGUAAAAUAAUGACUCUCAAAAGCUUAUGCGAUUCCGAGUAAAAGAAUAUGUAAAUAAGGUCACGUGACCUUUAACGGCCAUUUUGCGCGAAAAAAACUUAAAUUAGAAAUGGCACCAUUUUACAUUAGCAGUCAAUCAAAGAAGUUGCAAUUAAACAUGUCCGUUGAUGAACGACUAAACGUCUGUGCCCGGGCUUUGGUGAAUAGUUUAUUGAAAGUGAAAAUAAACGGGAUUUUGUACUAGUACCCAGUCCCCUUAUUAAACGAUCUUCGAAUUUCGUUCCUGUCUAAAAGAUUAACUUAAAAGGCCCGGACACAGAAAUGAUGUACCCACUAGUCUAAUGAACUAUAGACGAUAACUGCAACUUCCAGAAAGUAAUUAAAAAUGGUGCCAUUUUGCCAAAUAGAUUUUUGUGCUAAAAAUAGCCUUAAUAGGUCACGUGACAAUUAGUGACUCUACUCGUCAUUUAAAGUUAUUAAAUUUAUACCCACGAAGUCUGUUCUUAAGUUAUUUUGUGCUAUAUUGAAAGCUUAAGAAGUUAGACCACCCCCCGGUUUUUGAGGAAUUAAAUAGAAGACCCAUGCCUUAAUUUUCUUGAGUUCUCUGCGGAAAAGAUGUGCAGGCUCUGGAGUAUUUGAAGAUUUAUGCCGACGAAACAAACGCAGUUGAGGAAGAGAUUCUGGAAAUUCCUCCCUCACCCGGAAUGCUAACGGCGAAGGACAUUUUUACAGCAGUAUGCCAAUGUGUUUAGACCGGGGCGCAAGAACCCCUCGGAACACCUAUGCAUAUUGAGAAUAUUGAGUUGGACCCCUCUGUUGCACCUGUACAUGCUCCGUUACGCCGAGUGCCCGCGGUAAAGUUAGACCUGGUAAAUGAAGAACUGAAAAGGUUUUGUGAAGAAGGGAUUAUUAGGCCUGUUACCCAACGUACAGAUUGGCUGUCUAACAUGCUGAUUAAAGAAAAACCAAACGGCAAACUUCGCAUCUGUAUUGACCCCGCAAGCCAAACCAUAAAUAACGCGAUUAAGAGACCCAAAUGCACGAUACCGACCAUCGAAGAGAAGCUUCCUUGACUAACAAAAGUCAAAAUCUUCCCCAUUGUUAAUGUAACUGAAGCAUUCCACACCAUUGUACUGGAUGAAAAGUCCUCUCUACACACGACAUUUCAGGGGCAACACGAUCGCUAUCGCUAUAACCGCAUGCCUUUCGGUAUUGCUUCUGGUCCGGAAGAAUACCAGAGGCGACAGCACGAAUUCUUAGACGGUUUACGCAGUGUAAUUAACAGCGCUAGCGCUGAUGAUAUUUGCGUGCAUGGGUGUGGCGACACAAAAGAUGACGCUGACAUCGACACUUACCGCAACUUGGUGCAGCUCUUGGAGAAGUGUGCUGAACACGAUCUACGAUUUUCUCCGAAAAAAUGUCAGUCCAGACCUCCAUUUGUCACUUUCAUGGGGCACAAGCCUACCCAUAAAGGGGUGGAGCUGAUCCUGCCAAAGUAGCCGCCAUCAGAGAAAUGCCAGCUCCAAAUGAAAAAGCUGCAGUGCAACUCUUCCUGGUAAUGUGCCAAUACCUGUCGAAAUUCUGUCAAAAAACUGUCCGAAACAGUCUUGCCAUUGCGGACCCUUUCCAAAGAUGACUCAGUAUUUCUUUGGUCUGAAAGUCACGAAACAGCAUUUAACUCACCUAAAAGUCUCUUCGCCUCAAUAACUGCGCUGCCCUAUUAUGACCCACACCCCCCAGUGACACUUCAAGUAGGCGCAUCUGACUAUGCAAUAGGUGGGGUUUUACUGCAAGAGAGACAUCCUGUCUGUUUUUCUUCACACACCACAGAACGAAACUAUGCUCAAACCGAGAAAGAGUUUCUUGCGAUCGUAUCCUGCAUGGAUAAAUGGCAUUAUUUACUUGUACGGCAAACAUGACAUCACAGUCCACCCAGACCAUCAACCCCUGGAGACAAUCUUUACGAGACCUUGAGCAGAGCUGCCCCGCAGAUUGCAAAGAAUGAUGCUGAAGUUGCAGAAGUGCAAGUUCACCGUAAGUUAUAAGAAAGGGAAAGAGCUUUUUGUAGCAGACACUCUGUCUCGCGAAGCCACUAGUGUUCAUGAUGACACAAGCCGAACAGUCAUGCAAGAGUGCGAAGUGUUUCGUGUGGAACUGGCACAAAUGGAUCUGGGGGCAGAUAGAGUAACAGUUGAAACAAUGAACCGGAUCAGAAAGGAGACUUCAAAACAUCUUCUUCUAGCAGUAUUGCAUAAAGGGGUGCUGAGUGGAUGGCCUUUAGAAAGGAAGGAAGUGCCCGAGCAAAUCAGAGUUUACUAAGAUUCAAGAGACGUGAUCACAGUGUGUAAUGGAAUCCUUUACAAGUCUCAUCACGUUAUCGUGCCCACAUCUUUGCGACCUGAAAUGUUACGGAAGAUACACAAAGCUCACUAAGACGGAGAUAACAGUAUACGACGAGCACGCGAAUCAGUUUACUGGCCAAGUAUGCAAGCAGCGAUUAAGCAGACAUGUUCAUCUUGAGGAGUUUGUGCCCAGUACUUAAGCGAGCGACCUCGAGAACCCAUGGGGUCACAAGACAUACAUUGUCGGCCAUGGUCAAAAGUGAGUGCAGGCCUAUUUCAACUCAAAUGGCAGUAAUAAACUCGUCCUGGUUGACCACUCAGUGACUACUUUGAGCUCCAACCUUUCCGAAACACGUUGACUAGCACAGUCAUACGAGCCAUGAAAGGAAGUUUUGCCCGAUACGGAAUUCCAGACGAUUGCAUAACUGACAACGGCCCAAAGUCACGAGGACCCGUACUUUGCUCUCUUAGUGUACCGAAACAAGCCCCAACAAGGAUACGACAUUUUCCCUGCUGAGCUCUCUAUGUCCCGAAAACUUCGGGACAUUAUCCCUACAGCUACCAGUCAGCUCGUCCCAAAACUAGCGUCUCCUAGCGUUGUAAGGAAACACCGCAGAAAGGAGAAAUAGGUUCACAGAAGGGGAGAAAGUGUACCUCAAAACCUGCCCCACAAACAGGUCUUAACCAUAGAUCUACGGGGAGGUGGUAGAAAAGCCCACUCCAAGGUCUUGCGUAGUCAAGACAGCAAGCAAUGAGACCAGCAGUUCCCCGUGAUCAUUGCCAAACAAGGAGAGCGAAAUCAGAGCCAGCUGGUGGACACGGCACUUGAAAUCGUACCUAUAAGCACUCCGGGCAAGAACAGGAGAGACAACCACUAAACGCAGACUCAACAGAAGAAACAAUGCCCAGCACACCCGCAAUUGAAUCAGAAGACACGUUACCUGCAACGAUAGAAUGUGGACCGCGCCGAUCACAACGUAAGCGCAGACCGCCACGUAACCAACUGCAAAAUAGGAACUUAAAAAAGCCUAUAAUCGAUUUAUCUCGAAACAUAAUACACAUGACUUACACGACCUUUAUUUUCUUAAAGAUGUUUUGAGUACGAACUAACCCCAGUAAAUGUGAAGGGCAAAAACCGAAUUAAUACUGAAUGAACCAUAGGGUUUUAAUCAAUUUAGGGGUCAAUUAUUGCGCAUUUAAAUGAAUGGCUUGAAACCAGAGAGUUCGUGCAUAUGUGAUCAGAAGUAAACAAGGGCACAUAGUGCGUUUCGUUCAGUCUUUUUAAUAUUCAAGGACUGUGAAUACAGUGCUUCGAUAUUGCUUAACUGGGACAAAAACGUCGGAGGAGUUAUGAAGCGGCAUAAUUUUCUGCCAUGAAAAAACGUUAGUCACAGGUGAGACAAAAAGUGAACUCGAGCGAAUUUUUAACUCAUAUUAAGAUCACGGUAAAAAUAUGUUAUCGAUCAUUUCAUCUAUUUGCCCUGUUUAAAGUUCGUGCCGAUCGAUGAAAGCAACAUAGGUCACACAAUGCAAAGGAUUUUAUCAUUGUAAGUUAGAAAAAAAAUACCAAGAGAAAAAUCUUAAAACUGAAUAUCUUUUAUAUUGUGGGAAAAAAUAAUGCGUUUCAUAUGCAAACGGUUUUCAUGUAGGCUGUAGACCGUAAAUUAGGAUCGUCUUAGUGUAAUCAAUGUGGCCAAUGGAUCGGGAUCAGUGGGCAGUUGGCUGUCUGUUUUAGUAAAGUUCUCGUUUUGAUGUAAUACAAUAUUUCUGUCUAGUGUUAGCAGAAGCAGCCCAGUGAAUUCUUUUUUUGGCGAGUCUAGUUUUCUUUGUUUUGUUUUUGUAUUUGUUUUUUUUUUUAAGAGGGAGCCAUCACAUGCUUCGUUAUACCAACAUGUUCAUUUAGCAUUAUCGCACGGGCCUUUGCAUCCUUUACACCUUUGCACACCUUGUACAUAUUUUGUGUCCGUAAUAGUGUAAUUUUGUUAAUUUGUUUUGCAGGCCAUGUUGAGGGAUCGCCAGCUUUUGCACGGGACCAGCAAGGUCAUCAAAACUUAAAUCUUUUUUUUUUCCUUCAAAAUAGGCAAGGUCCAGAAUAGCAGGUUCCAUUCACAGAUCACACAUGUUUAUAUUUCAUCUAUUCUUUCACUAAUUGAACCGACCUAGCUUCAUAUCAAUCCUUUUGAGUGUGGGCCUCUGUUGAUUUCCUAAUUCUCCACCAAAUACAGUAAAGUUAGUUUGAUCGAUUAUGGCUACAUCGAUCGGCCCGUUGAACCCGAAAUAAUGCGAGAUACCUUUGAAAUACAAGCUUAAGCUAAUUUUCCUCAACUGUAUAUUCAAAUUCAUGAUAAAUACAGCUCCAUCAGCUUCAAACAGCGUCUAUGGCAGAGAAAAAUGUUUUUGAUAUAACAAAAUGAAUAGAAUAUUUCUGUCUAGUGUUAGCAGUAGCAGGUAGAGUAAAAUCUCCUUUUUGGUGGCGCUCAGGCACGCAACAACUCGAAGCAAACCAUAUCGAUCGACUCAAUCGCUAAGACGCGGUCAGAACAAAACGCUUGAGGCCUCACCACAAGCGGCCCAUACGUAGUGUGUGUCAAUAACAUGGACAAGAUGGGACUCCCAUGAACUAAAAUAGCCUAGAAGUCAAAAUGUAACAAAGCAAGACGCUAUGGAGCGUAACCUUAGGCGCCGCGGUUGUGGAUUAAUUGUGAAUGUGGAGGAAUAGUAAGAAAUGAUAUUUUUCCGGAAACCCUUCCAUACAAAUUGCCUUACUUUUCUCCUUUUGUGUCACAGACUUCUUAACUUCUUACCGGAAGUCUGCUAGAUGCAUGACCCCGCGGCUGUAGUACAAUUCGAUUAUAAUUCCUUUCAUAAAUAAAUUGCGCACGACGUUGCAAUCAGUUUCCUAUAGAUCGUUUUCACUGUCACGUAGCAAAAAAAUAAAUUGGAAAUCGUCCAAUGGAAGAAGCCAAGAAAAAAAAAUGUUAUAAAUGACUAAAAUAUAAACGAUUUUUGCAAGUUUCAGGUCUUUGUGGCCCACAGUUUCUGAGUUAUUUGCCGAAACGUUUGUAGAGCUUUGUGUGGAGACGCCAUAUCGGUGUACCGUUUUGGUCCACCAAUAUGGCCGCCGGAAAUCAGCAAAAACAUCAGGAGUUCAAUUUUUCUAUAAAAGCUCUUUCUUUUCACUCGAGAACUAGUAUACGUGCGCAUAAACAUAUCUUCUAAUACUUGAAAUGGUUAUACUGCAGAAAAUCAAGAGGAGAGAUUUUUUUUCAACUAGACAGCAUUCCUAUUUUGGUGUCACGCACUGUAAAAACUCGAAGGUUCAAAUUGCUGUCUUUUCAAAAUGAAAUACGCUACAGGAAUGGAAACUUGUAAAAAGAUUUAUUUUUUCUUUAUCGUUAACCUAGUGUAAAUAAGAAUUCGUAAAACCUGGCUAUUUUGACUUUAAAAUUUGAUGACGUCACUGUGAAAACCAUCUAUAAGCCCAAAAUAACUAAUCAUCGCACGCCGACUGUUCGGAGUUCUGUAGAGAAACAUAAAACUUGCUGCUCGCCCAAAUUAAAAAAAAUCAAACCUACAAAUCAGCCAUCUUUUACUUUUCUGCUACAUUCCCGUCUCCGCGAUCUAACGGGGCAAAGAUAAGUACCUACAAACCAAAGGGCGAGCAAAAAUAAUAUUUCAUUUACGACAUUACUUUGCGCUUCUCCUCAAAUAUUUGUAGCCGUAAGAACUGCAAGUGAUCUUGCAAUAUCUCCAACCAGAAACAUGUUUCUGCUCUAACUCAUUCCGGUGUCACUACGUCAAAUACCCAAAACAAGCCGAAAAGUAACAAAUUUGCUUGACGAAUCUUUAAACGUACCUUGUGCAUAACUUAUGGAUAUUUUUCACAUCUCAAAUUACCUUGCGUCGCAGUGGCGCAAUUGGCUAAUUCCUGGACGGUUAAAGUGACAUUUUGUCGAGUUUUGCAAUCGUAGGUACUAUCCACUAAAGCAGAAUUAAAAGCUGGCUACAAGAAAAUGGAUCAUCUCCACGCGACGCGCUAAUUUGAGAUUAAUCAACGAAUCCGCUCCACGAUUGACCGAGAAGCAGCGGUACCGUCCCUCCCAUAGCAAGUAUUAUAUUGUCACGGACGCGGUCGCUAUGUUUGAAAAUUCAAAGCGCGUAGUAAUCCUGCCCGUUUGCGGUUAAUGGCGGAACGUAAAGGUCAAGUGUUUGUUGAUGAGCGAGCGAUUAUCGUGCAGUCGCGAUGGGUUUGGGGAGCUGGAAGCCGGAACCUACUUUACCUGCAGAUUAGCCGAUAGCAAUUUGGAGCGGAUUCGUCGAUUAUUCUCAAAUUCAUAGCGCUUCGCGUGGAAAUGGUCCGUUUUUCUUGUAGCCAGCCUUUAAUUACUCUUUAGUGGAUAGUGCCUACGAUUGCAAAACUCGACAAAAUGUUACUCUAACCGACCAGGAAAGACAAGGAGACGUUCAGUUGAAGGUACGUUAGCUUUGUUUUGUUAUAUUUUGACUUCUGGGCUAUUUUACUUUAUAGUCCCAUUUUGUCCAUGUUAUUGACGCACACUACGUCUGGGCCGCCUGUUGCCUCACUAGCCUCGCUUUUGCGCCACUAAACCCGGGCCGGCCAAGAGGUUCGCCAUAUUUGCAUUCGAUGUAUGCAGUUAACAGUUUGAACGUUAAACAUGAAUUACGAUCGAAGGAAGGAAAGCAAUUCUGUAUCAUUUAGACAUUUCCAAACGAUAUAUCUAUCUAUCGAUAUUUCUUGGUUUGCCAUUUGAAAAUGUGUUUUACUUUUUGCAUGAGUUAAAGUAAAGAAGUAUUGACGUCACUGGACGGCAUUAACGGCCGGUCAAUUCAAACGUUACUGAGGGAGUAAAAACGACUCGAAGUAAUUGUCUGAAAUUCAGGCUAGCUCGUUUCGAAGUUAGCAAAAAGCUGUCAAAGUUUAUUUAAAAACUUUCUCGAGUGGCAACGGUAAGGCGCGUAGCACUGUAACACGAGCAAAGUAUAUAGCAACAACAAAGAUCACACACUUACGAUCAAAUUAGCGAUAUUUAACAAUUAUUCGCGGAAGGCGAAGUUAAUAUUUAGCAAUUAAUGAAUUAGGCUGAGUAGGAUUUGAAAAAUUAAGCAGAUCGAGGAGGGUGUUAUUUGGCCUCGGUGGAUAACACCCUCCCAGAUUUGCAUAAUUCUUUAUUUCCUACAAAAGCCGAAUUCAUUAAUUGCUUUAUUAUUCAUUCAAAAUAAUUCCUAGUUUAAAAACAUAGCUAAAACAUGCUUACCUGCAUCGAUGUUAAGUUUAUCUUCGAUAGUGUCCGUUUAGAUUUGUCGCCAGCUCCGUAAAUAUUCUCCAAAUAGCAGAUGGUGCCUUCCGAGAUGUCUUCUUGCUGUUUUUGUUAUGUUUUUACCCAUUACCUGAUUAUUUGGGGUAGUUUCAGUUGUAUUUCUUACUCUUGAAACAAGUGAAGUGUCCACCAUUUUAGUUUUCACAACGAAAGCAACUCAACCUCGUCCCCAGGUCUUCUCGGUUAACGGUGCAUUAACCUGUAGAGGGCUGCAUUAUUGACGUCAUUUCCUCGUCAAACACCAAAAUUCUUACAAAUUUGGUCAUCAGUAACUGGUUAUGGUGAAUUAUGCUUGUGCUUUUAGCCAAUCAGAAUUGGGGAAAUAUUUUGAAUGAAUAAUAACGUUGAAUAAUCCCCGAGACGAGGUCGAGGGGAUUAUUCAACAAUAUUAACUUCGCCUGAGGUGGAUAAUUGAUUUAGUAUAUUCGAAUACACGAAGUGAUCUCAACAGAAUCAGAAAAGAAACCAUUAAACAAAUGAUUAGUUUGAUUGACGGAUGAAUUCAUGCGUGAACACGAAGCCGUAAACAGUGACUGUGCUUCAAACAUGGGAAAUGAUGGUUUUAAUCUUUUUGUAUCGAUUUUUUAAACUUUAGCAUCAACGGUUUAAAAGAAAAUGCCGAAAAUUUAAAUAACUACCCAAUUCUGAGAAGAAAAGUAGAGCUUUAAUUGUUUCUGUCAACUCACCGUGAAUGAGAAAGUUCAGUUUUUGUCGCUUCUACGAUCAAGGUGAGCGUUGUUUAUCUGCAGUGUUCUUUGCCUUGUUAACUUGCUGGCAAGUACAAUUUUCGAAAAUAUUUGUCUUCCUUUUUUCUCCAUAAAUUAACUUCUAUUUAUAGGCAAAAUUGGUCUUGAGAGAAAAUCCCGAAAUCACAAAACAGUGAUAACGCUGCCUCGUUUCCUCUGUAGUGGUAAACAUAGAUUCGAGCCUACAAAAAGUCAGCUACAGUAAACCACUUCACAAUAAAUCAUGCUGUUUAAACCCUAUGAUCAUGAAGUCUUUUCUUAACUUCAAAGUCAUCAACACUUGGAUAUUCUUGUAUUUUGAAAAAGUUCUUACUAUGAAACUUUGGCAAAACACCCAGUUCCCGACAGCGAUUUUGUUCUGCCUAGCGCGGUGAAUAUUUAACAAUUAUUCCUCGAGCCCGAAUGGGCUCUGAGUCAAUAGCCCAUGAGGCCGAAGGCCGACUGGGCUAUUGACUCAGAGGCCAUGACAGCGAGAGGAAUAAUUGUUUUAGUAAUAUCCAACUAGCUGGUCAAAAAUAUCGAGAAUAAAAAACUUUUAGCUUCUUAAAGCUAGACUUUAAUCAUUUUUUGCCGCCAAAACAUCCGCGUUUUUCGCUACUAGUGGGCUAUAACAUAUAGCCUAGUAGUAGCUCAACCAAUCAGAACGCAGCAUUGAUAAUAGACCACUAGUUGGAUUUUACUAAAACGUCACAGUCCGAGAUAGCGAGCCAAUUAGAUUACUUGAAUCACCAAGAUCACUGAGUGUGUAUAUACUAAAAACAAUUUUACUAGCUUGUUAGCUUUUUCUCUACCUCGCUUGUCCUAUUGACUGUGGUAUCCCCUGCUAAUUUGCACAAGCGACCCGAGGCUCUUGCCCGUUACUAGAUGACGUCACACUGGCAGGCGGAGUGGGUCAAGAAACGUAGGUAGAAAACAAUAGAGUCACCUCCCCACCCCCCUAGUUCCGUCAUAGGUGAAGGUCAACGUUGUACUUGGGUCUAAGAAAGGCUGUAACUUCAAUGUGUAUAAUUAAGGAAAUCCUCCAACUCUUUGGUGUUUAAAAAUCUAGAAGUAUUCCAUACGCUAACACUAACUGCUCUACUUUGGAAACACUCGGGUUUCCAGGGAUAAUUGUCCUUUAGUUCAAUUAUUGUAUAGCAUAAACGUAAAGAAAACGCCAUGCCUUUUUUUUUUUUUGCAUACGUAUAGUGAGGGCAGGUUCCAGUGCUGGAGAGCACAAACACUGUACAGAGUCAUUUUUAUUCAGCCUUGUUAACCCAUCUGGUGCUGAACCAACGAAGCUGCCAAUCAAGAGUUCUGAAAACCAAUACGGGAUCUACUGUGACGCUAGAUAUGGACCGACGUUUGGAAAUUAUGAUCUACGCAUUGCCAGUAAAGCAAAUGUUAAUUCAGAGAGCUACAGCAAUAUAGGGAAGUCUUACGAAUGCCCAUCUGAUGUAAACUGUGAAACAUUCCUUGCUGGACAAACUAAUUUUGUUGUUAACGAGCUAGAAGUUUUUUCGUUCCAAGCUGACUAACAUGUAUUAGAGUUCUCUUUACUCUUUCAGAGAGAGUGUGAAGUUAAGUUUAGCUUUCCUAGUUUCGCGAGACCUUACCGGGACAUUUAUCUCAACAGUUGGCUGUUACUAGAGGUUUUCCAGUGAGAAAAUAGCAUUUGUAAAAAUAGUUUAAGUCAGAUGAGAUCCCCGUCAGUGUUUGCUUCUCACUCAAAAGGCCUUGUAUGCGCGUCCCAGGAUUAUGGGGGAGGGAGUACUGCCAUAUAUGGGCCAUAUAGGUAUGUGCCCCUGUGAAGGGUAUGAUUUUCAAGCAGUUUACUAGGAUAGGGUAUAUAAAUCAGAGAGUUUGGGUCGAGAAUAGGGUAUCAUUUUCCAGGAAACUGAUCAAUUGGUUGGAGAUUUUAGUCUAGACUAGGGAAACCGGGAAUUGCCUGUCAAAAGAAAAUCAAAUCGGCAAGUUUAAAUUUACGCAACUCAUGCGAUCAGCCUAAAAGCUACUCUAGGACAGGGGGAUUUGGGGAGUUUAGUCUAGUAUAGGGUAGCAAAUUUCAGCUGAACUAGCUCCGGUAUAGGCCAAGGGUUCCAAGGUCCCAGCGACACAUCCCCACCCAAAAACCUUAAGUAGCCCACGGGAUGUGCGUUUAAGGAGUGUUAAAUCAAAAUAAUGUUUUUUUGUGUAUUUUUAUCGGAUGGUAAACAGCAAGCGCUAGCGUUGCAGCUGGGAAGAAUGUAAGAGGGAACUUCAGGAUCCCUGAAAAAGUGGUCUGCGUCUCUAAGUAAACGCGAGAAAUCACGCCUGAAAGAAAGCGACGUACAGCUGGAAGUACGCUGUGUUUUAUGGAGUGACCAAGCUUGACCAGACAGCCGGGAAAUGUUUUUAAAGAAGUAAAUACAAGGCAGUCUGAAAUUGUUAUCCAUUUUCAAAAAUUCUGCGAUUUAAUUAUUCAAAAAACACAAACUGUUUCUUUAGAAAUCUAAAGAGAUUUCAAACACUGCCUUGGGUUUGAAGUAAGACAUCGUCGACCUGGGGCACAUAGAACAUGCCUGAUCGGCAAUGUUUUCAACUCUUACCAGCGUGACUCACUGAGUCAGUUAUCAAUAUGUUCAGAAAAAUUAUCAUCGAAACCUCCCUGGAGGAUUUGAUAUUUGUUCGCAAAUGCCAAGCAAUUCUAAAAAAAAGGUUUGAUCUUGUGGACGGAAUCUCCGAGCUUUUAAUUAGCAUAUUUGAAUCUAGCCUCCCACGCAAACGUUCUUAGGGAGUUCGUCACGCGUUCCUACCCCAAAGAACGUCUGCGUGGGAGCCUAGGCUAACUCGAAUCUCGAAUUGCGGGGACGGUUUUCAGAAUGCUAGCAAAACAGCCCGGAACAGCCCAGCAGUCUGAAAUAUUACUACAGUGGUCUCUCUAUACAGGACUACGUUCACCCACGAUCAAACUGACAACCUACUUUUGAAAUGACUCCAGGGUCCAAACCUUUUACAGUGGUGUCUAGUCCGUUUUUCACGAAAAUCUGAAGUUACCGCGCAGAAAUCGAAAUAUUUCUAAACAAAUAUCAAAUUUUCUUUAAAGGAUUCGAUGAGAAUUCUUGAAAAUUGGACAUGAAUAUCACCUACACAUUUACUUGCGGCAAUUUUGAUUUGUUCUACAUUAAAUUCUCCUGGAUCUUCCUCGAAUUUCGAAACUGGUACGCUCCUAAAAACUCUAAAAGGGCGAGCAGAACGAAUUGCAAACUCCAGUGCGUUUUCAUACAGUGCUCUUGCGACCUCUCGCCGAAAUGGCCCAUGUUUGUCUAAGUCUCGGUAGGGGUCACGUUUUUGUCACGUCACAAAUCAUGCCGGCGUUUGUCUCCUUCGCAGCCGUUAUUAGGGUCGUCACGCAACGCUCCCCCAGCUGUGUUUGGGAAGAGCGUUGCGUGACGAGACAAAAUAAGAUGCAAGGGAGACUAAGAGCAAAGCCCUUUGAAUUAAAAUGACGGCUUUAGGGAAAUGAGUUGUUCAAAUAAAGGAGCUGAUCACUUAGUAAGUAAUCGGCUCCUGUCAAAUACUGUGUAACUGACUAAGUCAAGUUCAGCAAAAAAUGACAUGUUCCUGCACAAAAUGUUGAUUAACCCGAUAAAAAGAUCCCGUUUAGUCCUGGGGGAGGGGGGCACGUCUUAAAUCGAGAAAAAAUUAACUUGAUACAAAAUAUUCAACUUGCUUACUGGCUUCAGUUGUUUGUGUGGCUCAGUGGUAAUUAAAGCCACUAUCAGAGCAACAGAUCUGGUAUGUCCUACCGGAAAAUUGAGCGUUUUCCAGCAGAAUUUAAAUUUUCCAGAGAAUUUACAUAAGUUCUCUUCUCUUAAUUCAAGGAAUAAUGUGGUCUUUCAUGUCUAAUCUCUCCUUUUUCCAUGAUAGUGAGUAUUUGUCUAUUCCAGCAAAAUAGAGAAUCAACUCCAAGGAAAAUCCGAUUAUUAGUAAAGUUUUCUACCAGAAUCCUCGUGUCCAAGUUACUUUAAAUCAUACUUACAGCCACAAAGGUUAUUUGUUUUUUUAGCUAAAAAAAGGAGUCAUAUCUCAAAGGCACUAAUUGAUUUUUUCAACUUCAUUAUUAAAAACACGAAGUAUCCAAAUCAGGCACAGCUGAUGUACUGAUAUGUUUUAGACGUAGUAUCGCGUCUUUUUCUUCUUGUUUAUAAGUAUUAACUCAGAAAAAACUUUAUUGGAAAUUGAACAAACUAAACUUCGGACACAGACUCUGUAAAAGAUUACCCUUAAACUCUUGUUCAAAAAUUCCUGGUUUAAGUUACGUUCGUACCUACAGAACAAGAGGUUCUUCGCACCAAAGCAAAAGAAACGUCUGACCUUAAAGAAAACCCAAGAACGUUCUUUGAAACUUUUAAACCGUUUCUUGGAUCUAAGAAAGGGUUCUUGGGAACUGAUAUUAACUUAAAAGUUGACGGCAAGAUCAUUAGCAACCAAGAGACUGUUGCGGAAAUAUUAGCAGGUCACUUUGCUACGAUAGCAAGCGAUAUUGGAGAUGUUAACUUAAGAAACUCCUCUGAGAAUGACUUAAAUAAUCAUCCAAGUGUCUUGCAAAUACAAAUGGCGAGUAGUUCAGAACCAAUGAUCGAGUCCAAUCCAGUCAACCAAGCACAAGUUAGAAAGGCUCUGGAGUCACUUAAUACGAGGAAAGCAUCAGGAUAUGACAAUAUGCCAGCCAGAGUACUGAAAUAUGGAGCGGAAAAACUUGCUAUACCACUGGCGAAUCUGUACAAUUCAUGUAUUACAAAUCGACAAUGGCCAAACAACUGGAAAAGGGGGGAAUGGACGCCCGUCUUCAAGAAAGAGGAUCCACAAGAUUGUCGGAACUAUUGACCAAUAACUGUCCUUCCAGUGAUUAGUAAGGUGUUCGAGCAGCUACUUAGCGACCAGAUUUCUAAGCAAUUCGACAGCCGUCUGGAUCCCCGAAUUACGGCAUAUCGUAAACGCCACAGUUGUGAAACAACAUUGAUAAGUCUUAUAGUUGAAGCGUGGAAAUCAGCACGUGAUAACCAGCAAAUUGUUAAAAUCUUAUCUACCGACUUGAGUAAGGCUUUUGAUUCGCUUCAUCCGUCCUUAAUGAUCAGCAAAUUAAAAGCGUAUGGUUUUAAUGACGAACUAUGUUAUCUACUUCGAUCUUACCUGUGUAAUCGAUUGAACCGAGUGAAACUGGGAGCUUUCAGAAGUGAAUGGAAGCGCACAGAUAGGGGUUGUCCACAAGGAUCGGCCCUUGGCCCAUUGUUAUGGAACAUCUUUCAAAACGAUCUGACAUACGUAAUAACUUCGCAUCUCUCUAUAUACGCGGAUGACCAUCAAAUGUAUGAAACAGCGGGGAACCUGAAAAUGGCUGACACCAAUCUUAUGAGGAAUGCCAACAGGGCCUCCGAAUGGUACGCCAGCAAUCUGCUACAAGGAAACCUGAGCAAAUAUCAAACUAUGACUUUAAAGCAUAACAAGACAGAAAGUAACCCUCCAUUACACUUUCAAGGAAACACCAUCGAAUCUUCUGACUGUCUUAAGUUGCUAGGGGUCACCAUAGAUGAACAGUUGAAUUUUAACACUCACAUUAAUGAAAUAUGGAAGAAGGCGAGUCAAAGGGUAGGUGUAAUGUUAAGGCUUAAAAAACUUGUCCCUACCAAUGCUAGAUUAACUCUGUAUAAAUCAGCCAUAUUGCCUUACUUAACUUAUUGCCACCUGACUUGGCAUUUCUGUAGUGCUACCGACAAAAGAAAGCUUGAACGGGUCCAAGAAAGAGCACUACGCGCAGUUUUCCUAGAUAAGCAAUCAAGCUACCAAGCAUUGCUGGACAAAAGCGACCUAACGACUCUUCAGAACAGAAGAUUGCAAGAUAUUGCUAUCCUUAUGUAUAAGGUGAAACACAAACUAUGCCCCAUCAAAAUAUCCGAGCUAUUUCACGGGCAUUGCUCACCCUACAACUUGAGGACGGCAGAGUUCGCCAUUCCCAGAAUUAGGAGCAAUAAAUAUGGUAAACACUCGCUCACCUACCUGGGACCAAAGUUGUGGAAUAAGCUACCAAGCGAAAUCAGAACUCUCCCAUCAUUAUUUAGUUUCAAAAAUUGUAUUCGUAAAUUUGAUCUAGGUGUAAUGAUAGACGACGACAAUUGCUCCAAUUGCAUCCUUUGUAAUUCUUAAUCUUUUUAAAUCAAUUAUUUCAUUAUUUGAUAGUUAGUAGGUUUUUAACUAUAUUAUAUUGUUAGGUAACUAUAUUAUAUUGUUAGGUGUCCCCAAUUAGUAGAGGGGUUAUUAACCCCAUCGGCUAGACAUUCCAAGACACAUUAAUAAAGUUUUUAUGUAUGUAUGUAUGUAAACAAAAGGGACUUUACCUUUUUGAGAUUGAGAUUCUCAUCAGUAAAAAAUACUUGCAUAUGUCAUCAGUUCAACAGCAACCCACAAAUUUUCCACCAACCAUCCCCAACCCUCCAACCACCGAAAAAAUCUCUUAUCUGCGCGAAAACUCAAUUAAUCUCGCAUUAUUGGCCGCUUUUGUACUAGAGGACGCAUUCAAAAUCAACGAGGCCGAAAGACAAACUUAUGGGAAAUUUGCAUACGCGAUCAAAAGGCUGAAACAAAAUUCUGUGAUCUGGAGUAUUUUUCAUUGUCCUUCGCUACACUUGCUAGCCUAAUACGCCCUCAAAGGUAAGCAUGCGUGAAGGAGAUUUCAAGCGCGACCGAAAAAGCAAUAUGGCUGCUCGAUAUUCUGCAGAUUCGAGGGAGGACGUCGACUUUACUGACGAAGGAGAAUUUGCCGAGGUCAUCCGUCUUAUCAAGAAAAUUUUCGACAUUUUAAACCGGGAGACUUUCCGGGUUCAUAAGGAAAAAGAAGCUUUUAAUGACAUCGCAAAGAAACUCGAGCACGUACAUUUUGCUGAGACGUUAAAACUGAACAUCGGUGGCCAGCUGUUCACUACGAGCCUGGCGAUAGUGAGGAAAGAGCCUGGGUCAAUUUUGCACGGCACGUUUUCAGGAAGAUUUGAUUCAAAGCCCGCUGAGGAUGCAGGGGCGGAUCCAGGAUUUUUUUUAGGAGGGGGUGCAAUCGUCUCUUGCUCUACUUCAACACCAAUAAACCACAUAGUUUUUUUUUUUUGCACAAUACCAGUUGUAUUAGAAAACUGCAGGUCAUCUCGGGGGGUGUGCGCACCCCUUGCACCCUCCCCCUAGAUCCGCCCCUGGGAUGGAUCUUACUUCAUCGAUCGCGAUGGGACACACUUCCGAUACAUCCUAAAUUACCUCCGAACAGGGCAGCUUAUCGUUCCAGAAGACAAAAUCAUUCGAAGAGAGUUAUUUACCGAAGCUAAGUUUUAUCAAGUACAAGGAAUGAUCGAAGAGCUCAAACCCUGUUCUUUUGAAGAUUCCGGCAUUUUGUCAGUGGAACAACGCCAAACUUUGACCAGUUGGUUAAAAGACACGAUGGCAGGCGCCUGCUACUACACGCUGAUAUAUCGCGCCUCUCGCGAUGGCUGGGCAGCCUCUGCCUUUCACUCUUUCUGCGAUCGCAAAGGACCCACUGUGGUGAUUGUCAAAAGUGGGUAUAACAUCUUUGGAGGCUACACAGCACAACAUUGGGAAUGUAAGUUGUGUAUGUGCAUAUUUGUAGUCGCUCAGCCUAGGUAUUCGGCCCAAGGUUAUAGGCUGAGGGUUUGAGACCCUUAAAAGCCUGUGGAAUUGGGUCUGUCUGAUUACGCUCGUAAACGCCCGGCCUCACCCAUACUGACCAAGGGCCUCUAUAGAUAUCAGACAGAGUCCUUUCGAAACCGUAAAAUACUGAAGAGCUACCCUAUUUAGAUCACCUAAGGUUUCCUUCGCUGUUCAUGCAUUAUGCUCAGAUAUUCUGCACCUCAUUAUAGGUGGUUUUCAUGCAAUCUCGGGAGACACAAAUAGCAAUAGUGAAAUGAACAAAUGCUGGUGGACAAACAAAACGAGCUAAUGAGCGAUCUUUUGUUUACCGUCCACCAGCAUGGCGGUGAUGACGUAACGUGAAAACCACCUAUGCCGCACUUAAAUGAGACCUUCUCCUCAAAGACCUAUUUUGAAGAGGGAGAGAUUUAGAAGUUAUGAUUAAGGAACUUGUGGGAAGGAAGAGCAUUGACGUUCUACAUAACGUGCAGAAAACCGUGUCGGGUCCCUUUAGCAAGGCCUGGACUUUCAAACUGAGCUAGUUUAUUAAUUUCAAGUGAUUUUUGAGCCAUGUCGGAGCCAAAUUUUUCCAUCGGCAUUUAUCAGCGGUCGAAAACUCAGCAUUAAAUGAAUACUUAAGGGACAAAACACAGCUGAUAUGUCAAGAAGUUGAUAUUUUCUUUGAACAGCAAGAAACCCAAGAGCAGUACUUAUAAUUCGGAUGUUAGCAAGUUUGUCCACAGGCGGCGCAAGCUCAAUAUGAGAGUACGUGCAGUUGAGUAAUUCUCAAAAUGGCGGUCAACAUAAGGGAUUUGUAUAGGAAUUCACGUAAUAGAUUCGAGAAGAUAAAUACUCGCAUGAAUUUUCAAUAAAAUACGCUUUACCUUGUUUACUUGGUGUCUUCUUGCUUCCUGUGUGCUUAUUUUCCCUUAUCCUGAGUUUCCUCUAUAAAUUAGUGGAAAAUAAAUUAGAUAAAAUAAAUAAUUGACAAAAAUUUUCAAAAACAGUAUUAAAAAAUAAAUUAGUUUCCACUUUAUUGAUGAAAACUCGGGAUAAAGCUGAAAUCGCUUCAAUCGCAAUGGAUCGGGAAAAUAACCACACAGGAAGCAAGAAGACACCAAGUAAGAAGGUAAAGCAUAUUUUAUUGAAAAUUCAUGCUAGUAUUUAUCUUUUCGAAUCUAUUACCUGAAUUCCCACACAAAUCCUUUAUGUUGACCGCCAUUUUGAGAAUUAGGCACCGCACGUACUUAAGAGCGGAUGUCAGUAAAUAUCGACCAGAGGUCUACAAAAAUGAAAAAUCGAAAAUUCUCAAAAAAAUUCACAAAGUAGCGCUAGGUAAGCUAUUAACAUAAAUGUAAUUUUUACUUCGAUCCGAUAAUUAUUUUCCACGUACGGGGGGGUUAUUGGUUUCGCGGCUCUCGGAGCGGGUUUUCCAGGCUCGAGACCAUGUGUGACAAAAAAAUCGUUUUAAAAUUCAAAUCCAUUGUAAUGCGGACAACAAAUAACUUAUUCAGAAGAGUACAUAAUUGCACACAUUUUAAGUGGUGAUUUACUCAGUUUGAACGAAAAUGUAAUAUUUUGGAGAUUUUUCAUUAUUUUCAAUAUUUUGAACGUUUUCGUUCAAUGAAAAAAUGGCAAAUUUCAAAGCCCCAAAUCGUCGACUGGUACCUCGAUUUCAGUAACGAGUCUUAUACCACGUUAAAGAGCGUUAUCUCUUCUUUCAAAAUCUGUUUUCGAAACUACGGGCAACUGAAAAGAAAAUUUUUGAGGCCAAAAGAUACAAGUAGUACUUUUCUGAAAUUUGAGCUUUCCAGACUCAGCGGACCGAUGCUAAAAACUCAGAAAAAUGCAAUAAGAAAUCGGUUUGAGCAACAGUGGUUUAACGUUAUCAGCUAUCAGAAACAAACACGUGUUUAUCGAGCGAUCUGAUAAAAUUUAAAGCCGUUUUCCAACAAGAAAAGCAGAGUUUAGCCAUCUUCUGCUACCAAACGCACGAGUCACGUAAGGUUGUCAAAAGGCAAAGCACAGUAACAAACUUCAAAAAGCACAACGUUUCUGCGUCCAGGAGUUAGACUUUAGCGGACAGAACAAUGCCUACGAGUGUAUGUUUCAUACCUUAGCAUGGGUCUCCUAGAUAUUGGAAGUAAAAAACAUCAAGCACAGCAUCGGCAAGAGCGUCUUCGGCUGCUCUCAAACGACGGAAAUUGCGUUACUUUUCACAGAUUGACCGCUUACCACCUGUUUUUGGGCUCGCAUUUCGACGGAUCUGAACUCUUCUUCACAAGACAUUGAACUGAAUUUAUCGGAAAUAUGCCACUACCACCAACAACACGAGCUUUUUUCGGGUAUUUGUCGUUUUUUAUACGAAAAGUUCGGGUAAGCAGAUUCACGCAAAAACCAUUUGGCUUAAAAAAUGUGUGUAAAAGCCCACCCUGGAUUUGAAGCAAAAAGUAUUUCUUCGAAAUAAGCUGAAAAGUACCCAAUUCACGCGGUGAAAAAAUGGAUGAUUAUGGAAGGAUUAUCGAAUUCUUGCCUAACCUGAGGGAUUUCCCAAUUUCCCGUGAUGUAGGAUUAGGGAUUGGAAAAAAGCCCAUAACCUGCUCCUGUCGUUGUAAAUUUCCUCAAGAUCAAAAAUUUCAGUAAGAACCGAAAAAAAAAAAAACAGCUUAAAGGAGGUGCACACACCUUGACCUAGCCAGGGAAAAGGGGCUUCUGAUUGAGCUAAACUGUCAUUGAUGCACGGUGCAAUUAGUUAGACCUGUUACUAUCCCCCGCGCAACCACAGGAACAAGUCCAGCCAUUUGGGCCCGGGGGUGGGGAGUACUUUGAAGCGGUCCUGUCGGGGAGUUUCGGGGGUAGGAGGCGGGGAAAAUCGAAAACAACUUCUCUUUGCUUUUGUGAAGUACAUCAUUUGUCGCACGGUUGACAAGGUGAUGGCGGACUCCAUAGCUGUGGAAAGGCCCUUUCGAAACAUGUGCCGGCAACAUGCAGGGCAUCACGAAAUUGACGUCAACACCUUGAAUCAACUCCAUGAACAGGGAGAGGCAGGAGCCCAUCAAAUUUGAUGGGCUCCUGGGAGAGGCGAUAAGUCCCAUCUUAAAAGAUGCUUGAUGUCUAGACGUGAAUAGUCUGUCCGCAGUCAUUUUUCAUUUUGUAUAUCGGGACCAUUUGAUAGCGCACGAGUGAACCGGAGAGCAGUAACGAGCCCUAACCCCACCCAAUUGCCCUUGCCAAUAAAUCAUCGCGUUUUUCAUUUUUUUUAUGCGCGUUCGAGAGCCUUCAAAGGGGAUAUUGAGGGUCUUUGUACAGUUUCAGUUUAUUUUACCGACAAAAAAGAACAAAACAAAGCAAAAGACAAGUAUACAGAAAUACGCAAAAGCAAUGUGGUGAGGAAGCCCAAAAAGAAACCAUAAGGCUUAGGUCAUCCCCUUUUCGUUCGUUUAGCGUUGAAUAGGUUUCCUGGCUUUGGGUGGGUCGGUCGGUGGGGUGAAAAAAAAUCACAAGAAAUCUGAGAACUGGAGGCCUGAAACACCAGCGUCAUUACCGUGGAGCCUGAAAACAACAAGACAUGGUCACCAAAUCGACACAAACUCAAUAUUGCGGAAAAUGUGAUGGUCAAUUUCAUUAAAAAAAGGCUCAAAAAGGGUAAAAAGCAAAAAGGAUACACCACCGAACGUUUUAUGCCUGGAAAUUCUGUUAUAAUUCUCAUUUCUUAGAUUAAAAGAAUUAAUUUAAGUCCAAAAAAAUAAACCUUGUCGUUUCUUUUUCUUGCUUUUUUAAAAAAAUGCCAAAAAACUGGGUCUUUUGGACGACACUAAACGAAGAAAAAAUUAAUAUAGGUAUUAAGCUCCCUUAAAGUAUAAAAGCAUAAGUUUACAAGGACAGGAUCGAACGUAUACUGAGUAACUAAAUGAUAAAAAUUUGAUCAAAAUUAAAUGAAAGGCUAAGAGUCUAAGCGCUGUCUGAUAACGAAACGGUAAACAAGAAGUGCUGCCUGUCAUUUAAUAGAGACGUGAAAUACUGGGUAGACCACAUCCUGAUCUCCUGCAUAAACCGGAAGAGAGAAACGCUCAGGGCUAAGGAGACUAAACAGGGGCGUAGCUACUUGUAUGCACGGUUCGCACGUGCGUACCCGAAAACGUUGAGGAGAAAAAAUAGGAUGAAAUAAACAUAACUAAAAAAAUCGGUUUCCAGAGAAGCGAGGACAUUAAUUGGAGAACCGAACCUUGGAUGCUUUAUAUAGCAAGCUUGAUGAUGUAAAGCGUGAACGCGUUGUUUUCUCCACGACCUGUCUUCGGAGUAGACGAAGUAGGGCACAAUUACGUCAAUGUGUGGUGCUUUUGUCGGUCAAAAAUAAUGUGACAAAAAAGGGUAAAAAGAGUCAUUUGUAAACUAAAGUCGGAGGUACUACAAUCUUGAUUUUUAAUAGCUGAAUUAAUGAUAAACGGUUGACGUCAAUGAACAUAACAAGCCGACAGAAUUAAAGAAUUUUAGAGGUUGUGUCAUUUCAUAAACAGCAAAAAUGCUUUUGCUUACAACCGUUAACCCCCCUUUAAUAUAGGGACCUUAAAAAAAUGUUGAGAUUUGGGGUGGGGGGAGAGGGGGGGGGAACGAUGUAGAAAACGUUGGGCGUACCUCCGGAAAAAUCCUGACUACGCACCUGCUAAAGCCUGAAACUGAACAACAGGAGUCUUGACGAAACGUCCUCAGUUAUCAUCUGGCCGGGGUCGUACUUUCAAGGAAGCGCUGAUCAAGAAUCACUCAUGACGGAAUGACAACUCCUCGUAGCUUCCAGCGAAAAAAGGAGUGACAACAGUGGUAAGCGGUCGUUCUGUAAAAUGUAACGCAAUCUCUGCCGUUUACGAUCUUUCGGCGCUUGGAUUUAAAACGUUGUUGUUUGGUAUGUUCUCCUGUGUGGGUACUUGACAUUUCCAAUAUAUGGAAACACCAUGCUAAGGUACGAACAACAGACAUUCACAACAUUGUUUUGUACGCUAAAAUCUGCUUUCAUGGACGCAAAACGUUUUGAAUUUUAAGACUUUUUAAUAUUAGUGCUUUGCCCUCCCUUUGACAACUUCACGUGACUGGUGCACUUGGCAGGAGUUGACAGCUUAAAUCUGCCUUUCUUGAUAGCGAACGGCAUUAAUUUAUAUCAGAUCGCUGUAUAAACACGUCUUGGUUUCUGAAAGCUGAUAACUUGAAACCACUGUUUCUCAAACUGAUUUGUUAUUGUAUUUUUCCGAGUUUUUAGCAUCGGCCCGCCGAGUCUCAGGGGAGUCUGGAAAGCUCAAAUUUCAGAAAAGUACUACUUGUAUUUUUUGACCUCAAAAAUUUUCUUUUCAGUUGCCCGUAGUUUUGAAAACAGAUUUUGAAAGAAGAGAUAACGCUCUUUAACGUGGUGUAAGACUCGUUACUGCAAUCGAGGCACCAGUCGACGAUUUGGGGCUUUGAAAUUUGUCAUUUUUUCAUUGAACGAAAACGUUCAAAAUAUUGAAAAUAAUGAAAAAUCUCCAAAAUAUUACAUUUUCGUUCAAACUGAGUAAAUCACCGCUUAAAAUGUGUGCAAUUAUGUACUCUUCUGAAUAAGUUAUUUGUUGUCCGCAUUACAAUGGAUUUGAAUUUUAAAACGAUUUUUUUGUGACACGUGGUCUCGAGCCUGGAAAACCCGCUCCGAGAGCCGCGAAACCAAUAACCCCCCCGUACGUGGAAAAUAAUCAUCGGAUCGAAGUAAAAAUUACAUUUAUGUUAAUAGCUUACCUAGUGCUACUUUGUGAAUUUUUUUGAGAAUUUUCGAUUUUUCACUUUUGUAGACCUCUGGUCGAUAUUUACUGACAUCCGCUCUUAAGCUUUUCCCGCUUGUGCUCGUAAAGUGGUAGAAAGUUGCUCUCUGGAAUGCCAAAAAGUUGAUGGAAAAUUGCCAAAAAUCCAAAAAGCUUAUACCUAAAUUUCAAAAGUUGCCAUCUAAAUUUCUUGAUAUUUUUAUAUAAAGGUUAAUUAAAAGCUUUAUUUUUCCUUCUUCACAAUAAUCACUAACAUCGGUCAAAAAAAUAGCUGGACACUUAGCUAUUUUUAAUUUUAAAAAAAUAAAGAAAAUUGCUAGACAUACAUGACUCGCAUGAAUUGAAGUUUUCUAUAAAAUCGUUAACUUUUUCUUCCUUGAUAUGUGCUCUAAACCUAUAUUUUGCUCAAAAAAAGUUGCUCAGAAAGGUAAAAUUUGCUCGAGGUUGCUAGAACCGCAAAAAGUUGCUCGAAAGUUGCCGAGCACAAUCGGGAAAGGCCUAUACGUACCCUCAUAUUGAGCUUGGGGUGCCUGUGGUAUGUCAAGUUCAUUCAGGAGCCGUCUCGUUCAGCGAAAAGACGUCUGACCGAAAUUCCUCCAGCAGAAUUGGAUAACUACCUUUUCCACAACAUUCUAGAGAUUAAAAGAAAGAAUGACGGAGAACGGUAUGAGCCAGGCCUCUUGUCGAGCUACAGAAACUUGACUUAGCGGCAUUUGAGGCUUAUAAAUUUACGUGAAUUUUAACUAAAAAACAUUUUCUUAUGAAUAUUAUGUAAAUUAAUAAAUAAUUUUGGAGUUUUAAAAACGUUGUCAGCAUGAUCUUAGACAAAAAAGAAGCCAGUUCACAGUAAUUUUCAAGGAGUUAUAAUAACUCCUCCAGUGGGGCUCAUUCAACUCCUUGGCAGUGGAGUUAUUUUUGGGGGAGUUAUUUUAACUCCAAAAAGGAGUUUAAAAAACUCUUUUUCAGGAGUAAAAGUGAUCCCAGAUAUUGUAGCCUGCGUGCAGACGAUAACUAAACUCUGAUUAGUACCGUCUGCGAAGCAGCGCAGAGAUCCUUGUUCUGGACCCCCAACGGACUCAACGAAUUACCGGAAGUGCGUUUCGAAUUCCCCUUCAACCUGAUUGGCGAUCACGACAAACAAAACAAAGGCCUUUUUUAACUGGCCAAUCGUGGCGCGUACUCAAAUCUGGGUACACAGCUGGAAGUCCAGAACAAAGAUUUCGGCGCUGUUUCGCAGACGGAGUUAACCAGAGUUUAAUUUCGUCUGCACGCAGGCUAAGAUAUUGAGGAGUUAAAAUAACCCCCAAAAAGGAGUUAUCCCUGUACCUAAAAUUUUUACUCCACUAAGGAGUAACAGUAACCCAUUUCGGAGUUAUUUUAACUCCACGCUGGGAGUAAAAAGAACUCUUCUUCAGGAGUAAAAAUGACCCCGUAUUCGGAGUUAGAUUAGUAGUUAAAAUAACCCCCAAAAAGGGGUUAUCCUGAAGCUAAAAUUUUUACUCCAUUUUUGGAGUUAUAAUUAUAACUCCCUAAAAAUUACGGUGUUCAAAGGCAUUCAAAAUGAUCUCGGCGCGUAUGUUGCUCUUGAACUGUAUUCUGUACUAUGGCAUAGAAUAAAGGUCAUCAGUUACAGGGGACGAUUUGCAACGACGAUUUUUAGCGCAACACAGCGUUUCAAUGUUGGAACAAUUCGAAACAAUGUCGCAACAAUGUUGCAACGCUGAGUCGAAUCGUCUCGUGUAACAUCACGUUAAAAUAGUUAUGCAAGAUAGUGCUUUCGAGGGGUAUAUCAUUAAUUAUCCCACUUGUCACUUGUAUUUUAUUGGACGUAUACACACUUGCCUUUACCGAGAAAAUACAGGUGACUCGUUGGAUAUUCUAUGGUAUAUACCAUUCGAAAGCGUUAUGGUACAUAACUGGUAUACAGCAUUCACGUUUUUAUUGCUACCAUAAUAUUAAUGAUAAUGUAUACUUUUUUCUCUAGCUCUUUCUAGUGAUGGUUUCAGAAGAGACCCAAACUCCUUCUUAUUCAGCCUAGUGAAUCCCAGUGGUCCUCGACCUACAAAAACACCUCUCAUACCCGGAAAGGAGGAUACAGCCAUUGUUUGCAAUAUCAGCUAUGGGCCGAUAUUUGGAAGCGGUAAUGAUCUGUUAAUUUCUAACACACCCAAUCAGACAAAUACCUGCACAGUUAAACUAAAUAACACGUACCAGCUGCCUCCUGGACAAAAUGGCAACACAUUCCUGACUGGGAACAUGAAUUUUACUUUAACCGAAACGUCUUACUUUAAUCGAAAGGUCUUUAAGUUUGAAAAAUAAUGUCAUUGAUGUUAAACAAUUAUUAGAUUCUGUUUUUGUGAUAUCCGGAAUAAUCAAGGUCGAGGUAAGUGUUAUAAGCCGAGUCGAAGGUCGAGGCUGACAACACUUAGCGAGACCUUGAUUUUUCCGGAUAUCACAAAAAACGAAUCUAAUAAUUGUUUUGUUAUACAUUGUUUUGAAGCAAAAAACGAAAAAAAGAUUAAAGUCAGUCAUCUGCUAGCAGAUAACUAGCUAUAAUCUCUAGGUUGCGCUGAUUUCCAAAAUUAACUGUAGUCUCUUAGCCAAUGGGAAGAUAGAUAGUGAGUACAAUGUAUAAUAUUACUAGUCAGUGUCGCAUAUUCUGGAUACUAGCAAAGAAAUUCCAGUUCAAGAGUGGGAAAAAAAUGAUAUCUUAUAUAUCUUUAUUAGAAGGAAACUGCAACCUGUCCAACCUUGAACAGAGCUGUAACUCUAUUUUGUCGCGUGAUGUUCUAAAGGAUCAAGUGACAAAAAGUUUUGUUAAAAAGCCGUACUUUUACACUUUUCGCCGAUGAAAAUUAAUUGCUAUAACUGGCCUACACGUGGAUUUUCAGCCGAAAAGGUAGAGCUGCUCCGUAUGCAAUAGUCUAUUCUUUAAUCAGUAUCCCACCUAUAUGAGGAAUAUGUUCGUGGUUCGCCAUACAACCUAUAAUUUGCGCGGUACCCAUAUGUUGACUCUGAGCGAGCCUAGAACAACAACCUAUGGACUACACUCCUUUUCAACAAUGGAAUGCUCUUCCCGACGAAUUAAGGAACAGUACUUUUCCUGAUUUUAAAACGACGUUUGAUCAGUUUUACUAAUUUUGGUCUUGCUUUGUGGGUCAGUUUUAGAGAUCGUAAUUUUUUCCUCGAAGAUAUUAGCUUUAUAGCGUAGCUACAAUAAAAUUCGAGAUAAAAUAAAGGUUAUAUAUGUAUGUAUGUAUGUUAUAAAAAUUUUUUUUUGAGAUCUCUUCCCUCCCUUCCCCCCAUACCAAAAGCUAAGAUAUGUCGGAUGCUCCCGUAACUCUUAAUAAAACGAGAACUUGAACCUACAGUACUGCCCCGCAAGUAAGAACCUAGUUUUUAAGAACCUGCUGGGCUAAAACGUGCCAUAUAUAUACUCCCUCUAUACAAGAACCUGUUUGGAGUUCAAUCUGAAGGGUUCUUUUAUCUAAGAACCUCAAAGCCUAAAUUUGUGUUAAUACUGAACAUGACCAUCCUAUUAUGGCUCUUGUACUGAACAAUGACGUAAGAACCUGUUUAAGCUAACGCGGGAACCUUACUAAAGGGAUGGUACUGUAACUUAAGUAUUUAAUAAUAAGUUCGGUGAAUGAAUAUAUGAAAAAGAUGUGAUAAUCAACAUGUCACGAGCGUUAGGACAGGAGAAAACGUUUGUAAUGAGUUCACUAGCUACUAGCGCGGCUUACUUCACUUUUCAAUAAAACACGAACGCCAACAAAUGUUGGCAUUCUUCGCUGCUGUCAAUCAUCUUAGCGGACCUCUUCAUCAUCAUCGUCAUCAUCAGUUAUUAGCCUUGAUAUUUAAAUGAAUUUUAAAGAAUGCAGCAUGUUGUUAGACGAGGAGACCUCAAGAAAUCACCAGGCUUAUAGAAGAGACCACCUUCACAUCACAAUGUGAUAAAGAAUGAGGGCUGCGAAAGAGUGCGGCUAGGCUAAUUCAGUAACUAUUCUAAUAAAAACUCGAGCACUUACACCCAAUGCAAAAAUGGCGGACGGAUUAAUAUUCUUUUGUUUAAAUUAAAAUUAGCCUAACUAGCCUCGCUCGAGAUAAUGUAUUCUUUUGAAUUUUGUACUGGAGAACGAGGCACAGUUGGGCUAAUUUAAAUUCAUACAAAAAUGUUAUAUCUAGCAGCCAUUUUUGCAUUGGGUCUUAUAUUUGGUACUUGGUAAAGAAUUGUGAAUUUCUUGAUGUUAGUACGACAGGAAUUCACCAGAUGGCGGGCUGUUCCCCCCGGCUUGCGUCAUAUCAAUGAAUUGGGCCGUCUGUCAUAAACAGAUUGGCCGUGUUUACACACUAAAGACGAGUUAUCCGUUGCAUGGAUAAUGCGCGUCUGACUGAUAAUUCGUCUCAAUUUGAAAAUAGAGCGGUUUUAAUUUGGGAUGAACAAUCUGCCUGACGUUAUUUUAUACAUCUAUUUGUCCGUCAAUUUUGCUGGACAGAUUUUAAAGACGGAUUAUCCUUCUGAGACGGAAACUUCAGGACAGCUUUCAGCGACAAAAUUCAUGCAGUGAUUGCCUCACGAGUCGACUAGGAGAGAAUCCAACUCUCGUGUUGUAUCAUCAGUACGUACAGAAUGUAUUAAGGAACGAGGCUGACUGCAGGGGCUUUAGACAAGGUUAUCUUACCUGCUCUCAAUAAAAACACUGAAUGUUUGGUAAGUUAAUCUGACUGAUUGAAUUUUACACAGGACUUCCUAAAUAUGCAAAUGCUUUGUAUAAUUUUGUUAAACCAAGAUCAGGAUUAGUUUCAACUACUAUAAUGCCUAAACUAAUGCUUCUAAAGAUCUCCUCUGUUGACAAUUCAAGAUUGGGUCUGACAAGUCAAACAUUUUACAACAGGGAGUACCACAGAUUUCUGCUACCUGGAUAGAUCGUCUGUGUUAUUGUCUGGGGCAGCUUAGUUUCAUAACUGAUUGUGAAUCCAUGGAAAAAAACAUCUUCCGAAGUGCCUCAAAUCAGAAUAUGAAGAUGUUUUGUUUGAUAGAUUAGUUACUGCAGGUGACAAGCCAAGGAUUUUUGUAAUUUUCCGCAAGUAAAAAAUUGACUUUCCAAGAAAGACAGAACAUUGACAACUCCUCCCCUAAAUCUGCCAAUUCACCACCAAUGUCCAGCGCUGGCCACAAGAUCCCUAUUUUCCUUUUUCAUCCUUUGUUCUACACUUCUCAGAGGUGUGGAAGUGUGGAAUAUUCUGACAAACUGAGGAUAUUGUCACACUUUUAUUCACUCACGAACCCCUUGUCAUUCUUUACUUAGUUCUACACUUCUCAGAGCCGGGGAGGGGGGAAAAGUCUGGAAAAGUAAGGAUAACGUCAGACUUUUUCCAGUGACGAACCUUUUGUCAUUCUUUACUAAUAGUUCUACACUUCUCAUAAUUGCAGUAUGCUGCAGUAUUGAAGAUUUGUCCUUUAGCUUAAGGAAAAUGUAAAAUAAAAUCGUGUACAGAAAUAAAAUCUCCUGAGAAGUGUAGAACUGAGUAAAGAAUGACAAAGGGUUCUUGACUAGGUGAAAAGUGUGACAUUAUACUGGCUUUGCCAGACUUUUCCACACUUCCACACCUCUGAGAAGUGCAGAACUAAGCAAAAAAUGACGAGAAGUUUGUGACAACGAGUGGGAAGGUGUGACACUAUCCUGCAUGACUUUCACAACUUCCACGGUGGAAAAAAGUAAGAGGUGAAGAAACGCUGGAUUUCAUGGCUAGGGUUGGACAUGGCUCUAAGUUUCUGCAAUUUAAAGGGGCACAAAUGAAUGAAUGAAUGAAUGAAUGAAGCUUCAUUUAAUCUCGGGUUUGGUGAGGUUGGUUAGACCUGUAGCAAAAAUAUGCUAAUAAGCCGAGGAAAAAAAAGCAAAGAAAACAAAACAAAGAUAUAAAAUAAUAGAGAAAGAAAGGGAAAUCCAAAAACUUAUUUACAGUAUAGAACCUAAAAUUACGUGACAUAGCUAUUUACAAUAAAAAUCCCAACUACUUAAGAGAACAUAGAUAUAGAAUUUGCUAGAACCUUAACUGUCGGACUGCUUUUUCAAAAGCUAACAAUGUGCUUAGGGAUCUUAAGGUACCAGAAAUCUUGUUCCAAGUAACAGUCGCCAAGUACUUUACUGAGUUCUUGCCAUAACGAGUCGUAUUAUGUUUCGGUACUUGCAGCUUGUUAACCCCUCUCAGGUUUUUUUAUGUUGUCUCUUAACCUAAAUAGGUCUCUCAGAUAUUCAGGAGGAUAAUUGUUAAUUGUCUUAAAUACAAUAAUUAACAAGUUUUGGAUACGUCGAUCCACAAGGCUGUCAAUACGAUCAAAAGAGUGCUAGUUUGUGAAGACUCGUCACUGUACAAGUAACGCUGAAAGUGCUUGUUCGAUGUAACCCAUCCAGUUUUUUACUAGCAGACUUUAAAGAGUGAUGCCUUAUGGAGGAACAGUAAUGAAAAUGAGACAUUAUGAACGAACUAUAAAGGCAGACUUUCGUCCGAGACGAUGAUAUGUUCUUUAGUCUAUAAAGAACAUCUAUUGUAGUUGCUUUCCAACUUUCAUGUUAACUUUCGUAAUGUGUUUUCCAAAAUUCAGGCAAUUGUCCAAUGUUAGCCCAAAUAGAUCUACUGUAUCAAGUAGUGGUAAUGCAACACCUUCAGCAAAUAGUGAUAACUUGGCAUUGGGUUUUCGCGAGAGAACCAGCGCCUUCCGUUUUUCAGGGUUCAAGAUCAUCUUGUCAUUACGAAACCACUCACACAACACCGCAAGUUCCUUAUUGACAACAUGUUCGACAACAGCUGGGUCAGUAUCAGCAAAAUACAGCUGAUUAUCAUCAGCAUAGUUAGACAGCUUCGCCUCUUUGAUGAAAUGAAAUAAGUCAUUUAUGAAGAUAUUGAACAAUAAGGGUCCUAAAACGGAGCCGUGGGGAACGCCGCUGUUAACAUAUGAAAUCUCACUUGUGAUGUCCUCUAGUCGAACCCGUUGCCUGCGAUUUUUUAAAGAGCUCUUUGGUUUAAACUAUUGGUAGAAAUACCAUAAGCAGAAAGCUUCGCAAGUAAUAAGUCGUGUGGUAUCAAAUCAAAAGCUUUACUUAAGCUUAACAUGGCAUUGUUAACGUAUUUUAGUAUUUAAACGGUGGAUAUAGGCAUAUUUUUAUCCCCUAAAAAUUUUUCAUCUGUUCGGAUUUCCGAGCUGAAAGUCUAGGGAUCCGAAAAUUAUAGGGAUCAAGCCUUACCUUUUCGAAUAUUUCAGCUAGAAAAAAGGCUCCCGAAAAUUCUAGGUGACCUUUUUAGGGUAAAAAUUCGUUAAAAAUGGGCAAUUAUACCAUUUUUUAGAUGUUCGAAAAUCCUAGGAGAGGCAGGCAAGCAAGAAAUUUUACAACAAAUGUUCCAAAAAUUCUAGAUAUCAAAUCUUCUUCCGAACAGAUAUUUUCCGAAAAUUGACGUUGGGUGCCCCUGAAUUUAUUUUAUGUUGUCAUAAAUUUAAGCUAUUCACUUAAAAAGACUAAAAUUUGCCGAUAAAGUCAAAUGUGCCUUUAUUCAAUUAGCUGUAUAUACGUAUUGAUGUCGUUGGACAAAUUCAAAUUGAUUCAUUCAAAAAUAGUACAAAGGAAACUUCAGGACAG